AUGGGUUUUGCGUACAGAUUUCAUCGCGCAUCGGAAUACCGUGACUUGAGAAAAAAGAAAAAAGAGUCCUAUUAUCACGAUAUAACUGGCUCUGAUCAAACUGAUAUUUUGUACUAUCGAAGUGGUAAUAAUAAAAGGUUUGUGGAACUGUCCAGUAAGUCACCCGGGCGAAGAGGCAACUGCACCUUCAAGCGGUCCAUGAGCGUGCCAUCUUCAAUUUGUCUGGACGAGAAAGUCGUAUCCCACUGUUGCAUGUCCGGCAAAGAUAUGGAGCAGAGCGCCGAUUUGGACUAUUCCACUCAAUUUAGAGGCUCCCCACUUAUAAACCUUGCGAAGUGCCAGCUUUGA